UUUCGAGACUCAAACGACUCACCGCCGACACUAGCACCUUGCACCAUGGGAAAACACGACUUCCUGACGCCCAAAGCCAUCGGCAUCCGCAUGAAGGCAAAAGGACUCCAGAAGCUCCGCUGGUUCUGCCAGGUGUGUCAAAAACAGUGUCGAGAUGAAAAUGGCUUCAAAUGCCACACAACUUCCGAAUCCCAUCAACGACAAAUGUUGAUCGUUGCAAACAACCCGGACAAGUUCAUGAGCGGCUACAGUGAAAUGUUCGAGGAGGCCUUCCUCGAGAACUUGAGACGUCGCCACGGCACCAAGAGGAUGCGAGCCACCCAUGUGUACAAUGAGUACAUCCAGGAUAAACUGCACGUCCACAUGAACGCAACGCAGUGGACGACUCUCAGUGGCUUCGUGCAGUACUUGGGACGCACAGGCAAGUGCGUGGUGGAUGAGACCGAGAAAGGCUGGUACAUCCAAUACAUUGACAGGGAUCCGAAGGCUAUCGCGAGGCAAAAAGAACUGGAGAAAAAGAAGAAGGCAGAACUGGACCAUGAAGAGAGGAACAAGCUGUUUAUUAAGCGGCAACUACAAAUUGCCAGUGGAAAAGAGGGCGCGGAUACGCAGCAACAACCGACAAAGUUACAGCGAGGAGAGAACGGAGAGAAGAUUAAAAUGUCGCUGGGAUUGAAGAGAGAAUCUGCGAAGAAGGAGACUGUUGCGUUUACAGCGAAGGCUUCGAGUGUGUUUGGUCAGGGAGAGGAGGGGAGCGAAGAGGCUGAGUCGGAGGAUAAACGUUCGAACAAGAGACACGCGGUGGAUGCUAUUAUAGAGGAGAAUGAGCGACGCAAGAGGGAGAAAAGUCGACAGCUGGAGGAGGAAUCGAAGCGACAGAGGGAGGAGAACUGGGUCACUACUGGUAUUGUGAUCAAGGUGAUGAACAAGAAGGUCGGUGACGGUGCGUACUACAAGUGCAAGGGAGUGGUGAAGGAUGUGGAGGAGAAAUUUUGUGCUACGGUGGAAUUGUUGGAUUCUGGAGACGUGCUACGACUUGAUCAGGAUGAUCUGGAGACGGUCAUCCCGAAACCAGGACGUAAGGUUAAGAUAGUCAACGGACUUGGACGCGGCUGUACUGCGAAGUUACUAGACAUCUCGGUUGAUGACUUUUGCGCUCGCAUCCGAAUCGACUCUGGGUCGUAUCGUGGAGAGAUUUUAGAUCGAGUAGAGUACGAAGACAUUUGCAGACUAGCGGAUGAAUAACCAACAGCGCUGUUGAGAGGAUUUUUCGCAAAUUGAGUCGUGCACGAUAAGCGCAACUGACGCCAUGCGGUUGUUUUGACGGUUUUAGUCAGAUUGGUAACAGCGAGUGUCUGGAAAAAUAUUCAAGUGAAUAAUAUAACAUCCGUCAUUAUCGGUGUAUCCAACACUAGAGGAUAGUGACUUAAUUUGCUCGUACGCUC